UUGGGCGCUGUAUUUAAACCAGCCGCCGAGGAGAGGGCUCGCUUUUGUGCCUCUUGCGCCGCCAACAUGAAGUCCCUUGUGUGCCUCGUCUGCCUGCUUCUCAUCUCCCUUUCACUCGUGUGUCAUGCUGCACACAACAAAGCGUGCACCCUGAAGAAGGACCCCGGAAACUGCGAAGAUGCUUCGACCAAGUGGUACUAUGACAGUAAGACCAACUCCUGCAAGCUGUUCGUGUACGGCGGCUGCGACGGCAACGACAACCGCUUCGACACAGAGGCCAAAUGCAAGAAGACGUGCGUCCAUCCCCACAAGACGACCAGUGGAUAGGGGCGGCAGCAGCAGAGCCAGCCUCACUGACGGCAGCAGCGAUCCGGUUCGACACAUUAAAGAUUGUUUCCAGAUGG